AUGGAUUCUCAAACAUACCAGCCAUACCCAGACGAUGAUGGGCAGUCUGCUCAGUCCAUCCUUGGCCAGUUGUCUCAGUUCGGGCAGAAUGCCUCCAACAACAUCCAGAAGAGCUUCACCGACAUGUCAACACAGGGCUGGCUUCGUCUCAUCAUGGUUGUAUGCACAUACUUGCUGAUACGACCACACAUCAUCAAUUACUCAACCAAGCAUGCUGUCAAGAAGCUGGAGGAGCAGGAUGUGAAGGACAAGAAAUUCGCCGAGGAGCAGGUUGCGAAAAUGUCGCCAAAUGACCUGCGUGGCCUGGGUGCGGUGGAAGAAGAAGAUGUGGACGCUGAUGAGGGUGCCGACGGAUCCAAGGCUAACUGGGGCUCAAAGGCACGAGUCAGGCAAAGGAAGACUUUGAGGAAGAUUCUGGAAGCCGAGGAGCAACGACGGUAUGAGGAGGAGAGUGACGAGGACAUCAGGGACCUCCUGGAGUAA